UGGCGAAUAUGAAGAGCUUAGAGCAGAAAAUAAGAAGACAAAAGAGGAGUGUGACAAAAUCAAACAAGAACGAGAUGAAGCUGUCAAAAAACUGGAGGAGUUUCAGAAAAUUUCUCACAUGGUUAUUGAGGAAGUAAACUGUAUUCAAAACCAUCUUGAAAUUGAGAAGACAUGCCGUGAAAGUGCUGAGGCUUUGGCUUCCAAGCUGAACAAAGAAAAUAAGACCUUGAAAAGAAUUAGUAUGCUUUAUAUGGCAAAACUGGGCCCAGAAAUUAUCACUGAGGAGAUAAACAUUGAUGAAGAUGAUUCAUCUGCAGAUACAGAAGCUGGCUCUGGAUCAUGCAACUCAGUGCAUUGCCAACGCCAAAUAAAAGAGCUGCGAGAUCAGAUUAUAUCUGUCCAUGAGGAAAAGAAGACCUUAGCCAUUGAACUGGAAAACCUGAGGUGCAAACUUGUAGAAGUAAUUGAAGAAGUGAAUAAAGUGAAAGAAGAAAAAGCAGUUUUGGCAACAGAGGUUAAUAAGCAACAGAAACUGCUGGAAAAAUGUAACAGAGUGUCUGUGCUGGCAGUAGAGGAAUAUGAAGAACUUCAUACAAACUUUGAACUGGAAAAGAAUCUGCGGAAGAAAGCAGAGUCAUUUGCACAAGAGAUGUUUAUUGAACAGAACAAGAUGAAAAGGCAGAGUCAGCUGCUUCUGCAAAGUUCUGCUCCUGAUCAACAGCUUUUGAAAGCUUUGGAUGAAAAUGCUAAGCUGACUCAUACGUUAGAGGAAGAGAGGCUUCAACAUCAACAAAAGGUCAAAGAAUUGGAAGAGCAGCUAGAAAAUCAAGCACUACAUAAGGAGAUUAGUCGUCUUAAACAGCAGCUAGAACUUUUGGAAGAAGAUAAAAAGGAACUAGAGCUUAAGUGUCAGAACUCCGAAGAAAAAGCUAGAGACUUAAAGCAUUCAGUUGAUGAACUCCAGAAACGAGUGCAGCAGUCGGAAAACCCUGCGCCGCCGCCGCCGCCUCCUCCACCACCUCCUCCUCUUCCGCCUCCUCCUCCUCCUAACCCCAUACGGUCUCUCAUGUCAAUGAUUCGUAAGAGAUCUCACUCCAACACCAAUGUGAGCAAGAAGGAGAAGCCUCCUCAGCAGGAGUCAGGUGAAGAAGUCACGGAUCUGAAGAGACAAGCUGUGGAAGAAAUGAUGGACAGAAUCAAGAAGGGGGUUCAUCUGAGGCCGGUCAACCAGGCGAGCAGACCUAAAACAAAGCCAGAAACACCAAAGCCCUCUGAAAGUGCAAUGAAAGAGCUGAAAGGGAUUCUGGAAACACUUAACAAAUCCACGAGUUCUCGAAGCUUAAAGUCCCUUGAAACAGACAGUAGCGAAACGGAGCUGGAGCGCGUCCUGCGGCGCCGGAAAGUCACCACCGACCAGGACAGCGGCGAUCCCACCGGAAUUUUGGCCACAUCAGAAUCAAAGUCUCUGCCCGUGUUGGGCUCGGAAGCCAGUGCUGCUCAAGCAGCAUUAAACAAGCUGGAAACGGGGUUCAGCUGCAAGGCAUCUGAUUCAGAGUCUGCUUCUGACCACCUUAAGGGUAGCACAAGUUCCAAGGCUACAUUGAAGUCAGCUAGUCAUAUGGGAUUUACAAGAAAAGUUUCCACCAGUGAAAAAGAGACAGAAUCCGUCGUCGUUUUAGAUCCUGUUUCCACCAGCAGUGAGUCGGGAAAUGUGCUCAAUCCAUGCAAAAGGAAUGAGGAAAAAAGUAAAGCCCUGCACAAAGAAACGAGUGUUGAGAAAAUAAGGGAGACCGACAGUUCUAGUUGUUAAUUGUUCUGCCAAAAGGCUGUACCUUUGAGGAAUCUGUAUCUGGACGUGUAAACUGCUUAGGUGUGUUGCUGGGGCCUACAGUC